AUGGCGCGAGAAGUACAGCGGGGAACCGAAUUUGCGUCACAAGACAUGGAAGACGCAAUUGAGCAGCUGGAAAAUGUUGCCUCCAUUCCCGCGAAACAGCGGCGCACAAACGUCGCUGACCUCGCGAAAACCAUCGCGUCCAAUGCGUAUGAGUCUGGCAUUCCAAUCCGACUUUUAGACCGCCUGAUUACCAUCAUCUCAAAGUCUAAACACUUAGACCAAACCACCGUAACCACAUUGAUAAAAAACCUUUAUCCAGCUGAGCGUGUUAUGCCUGGCACUGUCUCAAAAGUCAUCAGCUGCUUUGGACCCGGCAAAAGCAAGCCGUCACCAACAACCCAGGCGUUGCUCCUGAGAUGGCUCAUCUUGGUCUACGAGGACAUGGAAGAUCAAUCGUAUCUAUCAAGACUCUAUGCUGUUUUGUUCAAUUUCCUGGACAUGAUCAGUCUGCGCCGGUUACUAUGCCAUCUCCUCUCGCUAAUAACGCGCAGGAAACAUAUCAGACCAUUCCGCAUCCAGGCGAUCAUGGAACUCAUGCGGAAAACCGGGGGCGAGGAGAGGGAACUCCUGGGGCUGCUGAAAGUUUUCAAGAGCUAUUAUCCUGACAUCAUCGUGGGGGAUGCCUACGCAUCGGCGGGACGUCCAACUUACUUCUUCAAGCACCCUGACCCCAAGUGGGUUAAGCAGAUGAGACAUGUUCAAGAAAAGACUGCUGCCGCGGGACUUUCACGGAAAAAUGACAGCGCUCCACAGACGUUUCAAGCUGUGCGGCGCGGGAAGGUAAAAAGGAGUCGAAUUGAGGUUGUCAUACCUGCCGUUCAGACGUCGCGUGUCAGGCAAGAUUUCACGUCGUUGGAGGAACUGAGGAACGCGAAUGAUUUCAUUCAGAAACUGGAUAGGAUUGAACUGCCGAAUCAGGUUGCUGCGGCAUUAGUGGACCCCCUGGCACAGAAAUUCUUGCUACUUGUAAGGAACGAGGGGGCAAUGCGGAGGCUGGAAAGCUGGUUGGAUAGCUUUUUGGAGGAGGAGCUAGAUAGAAUACGGGCGGGGGAGGAAGGAUAUGAGGCAAGUGAUGAUACGGGACAUUUGGAAUAUGUUCUUGAUGUCCUGGUUGGCUUUGUACGUUUUACGAAGAGCAUGCCUCAAGCCGUGGACAAGUUUCUACGCAACUAUCUGAUCUCCUGGAAUGGUCAUGAUAGUCAAAGUGCUAUUCUUGGGCUCCUAGAGUACAUACCCUUACAAAACUACGAGACGCUUCGUGAGAACUACUUCACUCCACUGGAAAACGCUAUUAUAAAUGAAAAGCUGGCCUCAAAAGUUCUAAUACUUCAAUAUUAUUCCUCACUAAUCCAACAUUGGGGUGCUAUAAUACGCGCCACCCCCUCUCCGUCAUUCCCUAUUCCCCCUCUACCGGAAGUCAUUGGAAGGGCAGAACUGCUUGCCCUAACUAUACUCGAGAGCCCUCAGCGACCUAAAAGUGAUGGAACUAUGCAUAUGCGAUCCGGCACAUUAGCCGUUCUUCAAUUUUAUGCAGGUCUUGCAGCGCUUUACAGCUAUGCACCCACGAAUUGUAACAUUCGCAUCACUGUUCCGCAAAUGCAGAUGAUAUAUUUUCUUUCGUUUACACCAACACUAAGCCAUAUCUCGACACUAUGUUCUAUAUUGGCCGCAUAUAAAUCUGCCUUCGAAAAUUCGCUAACAUCAACGACGCUGCAUAACCAAGGAUCACCCGAUCAAUCAUAUCCAAUAGAGAUGGUUUCUCGGUUUAACGGCUACGUGAUGGAUAUCUGCAACCUCCUCUGGCGAAACAGAGGCCUAAACUCGGAAGAUCCCAACGCUUUAGGUUGCCUCGUUCCAACCGCCACCGUAGCGGAGCUCUCGCAAUAUCUGCUGGAGUUGAGUGAAAGGCCGGGGCGUGAUAAAGGUGGCGUAAAACACAAAUAUCAACUCUCCUCUGUCUUUUCAUUGAGCCAAAACGUUGCACUUUGCAGAGCCUCAUCAGCGUGCUUUGGAAGAAUUGAAGAAGAGCUGUCAGAAAGUGAAGGGAAAUCCCUGGCUGUGAGAUUGACAAGGCCCGUCACACAAAAGGGACUAGCUGCGCUAGAUAAAGAUGGGGGGAUAAAGAUAACCUGGCAGGAAUAUAGGCUACGGAUGCUGGAGUGGCUGGACGAAAUGGGAGCGGAUGGCGUUGGAAAUCUUAUGCGGAGUACAAUGAAGGCAUUGCGGAAGUAG